ACUGCAUGGAGCACACUUCUGGCCCUGGCCCCCAGAUGGCUCAGAGCGACAAACAGCGCAGGCUGGGGUUGGAGGUGGAAGAGCAGCUGGUGGAGCUGAUGGGCCGGCACAGGGACCUCUGGGAGUUCCACAUACUGGAACAGCGGCUGGGCCGGGAGAUCGUGGCUCUGGAGCGCAGCCACGCGCAGCUGCUCACUGAGGAGAUGCUGGUGCGGGUGAAGUUGGAGGAGGUGGCCCAUCAGCUGUGCUCGCCACCUGAUGUCGGGACCCCCCAGGCAGGGAGGUGGAAGGACAAGCUGGAGAUGCCUGAGGGGCAGGUCCCCACCCCAGCCCAGGAUGCCCCAGAGGAAGAGGGUGGCAACGAAGAUGUAGGGAGAAGGGAGACUGAGGGGGGUGGACUGACCCUGGGAGGACCCUGGAAGGGGUCUGUGGGGCAGGAUCUCUGUGCCCAGGCAGGAGACCAGGCUUCAGAGUGGCCUGCCCCCUCCCCUCAGGCUGGCUCCCAUCCUCCCUGGGCUGCACCCACCCAGGAUCUCGAGAAAGAGCCCCCCUAGGAU